AGAUGGCGGAAACAACAUGGCUGAAACAGGAAUAGAUCGCCUGAUGGAGCGAAAUUUGCAUUUAUCCGACAUCAUUCAAUUAAUUAUAUUCACUAAUGAUAUCAGAAAAAUUCAAAACAUUUAAACUGAACAUUUUAGAAAGGCAUAAAAUCUGUCCGUACUCCAUUUUCACACAUAGGCCUUCAGUUGUUUUCGUUGUGGGAUAUUUGACACUUGUGUAAAAAUGAUGGCGCAGCAGAGAACACGCUCUAGAGAAGAGCCUCCAGUAGAAAGAACAUCAAAGAUGUAUGUUGAUCCUGAAAUUCGAUUUUCAAAAAUGGAGAAGAUUGGAAAGGGAUCUUUUGGUGAAGUGUUUAAAGGAAUAGACAAUGAAAGUCAGCAAGUAGUCGCUAUUAAAAUAAUAGACCUAGAGGAAGCAGAAGAUGAAAUUGAAGAUAUACAACAAGAAAUUAUGGUCCUUUCACAGUGUGACAGUCCCUUUGUCACUAAAUAUUAUGGUUCAUAUUUGAAGGGUUCAAAAUUAUGGAUUAUUAUGGAGUAUUUAGGUGGUGGUUCAGCAUUAGAUUUAAUGAAAGCAGGACCAUUUUCAGAAAAUGACAUUGCUAUUAUAAUAAGGGAAAUUCUUAAAGGAUUAGAUUAUUUACAUUCUGAGAGAAAAUUACAUAGAGACAUAAAAGCUGCCAAUGUAUUACUGUCAGAAAAUGGUGAUGUUAAAUUAGCAGAUUUUGGAGUUGCUGGCCAACUUACCAAUACAACCAAUAAAAGAAACACAUUUGUUGGGACGCCAUUCUGGAUGGCACCAGAAGUUAUUAAACAGUCAGCUUAUGAUACAAAGGCUGAUAUAUGGAGUUUAGGUAUAACUGCUAUAGAAUUAGCUAAAGGAGAACCUCCAAACUCAGAACUUCAUCCAAUGCGGGUAUUAUUUCUCAUUCCAAAAAAUCCUCCUCCUCAACUCACGGGGAAUUACUCAAAGUUUUUCAGAGAAUUUGUAGAGCUUUGUUUGAAUAAAGAGCCUGCAAAUCGACCAAGUGCCAAAGAUUUAUUAAAACAUAAAUUUAUACUAAGAGCAAGAAGGACAACAUAUCUUCAAGAUUUAAUAGAUCGUUACAAACGAUGGAAGUCUGAGAAAGGAAACACUGGUGACUCUGACAGUGAUGAAAGUGAACCAGAUGAAGAAGACGAAGCAGAUGUAGAUACAGACUGGAUUAUGACGAUCAGACAAGCAGAUCAAGAUUUAAAGAAACAGUUACAGAAUGGAGAUAAGAUGCCAGAUCAGAAUCAACAGAAACGCCCUGCCCCUCCGGCUCCCCCCAACAAUCCCAUGCAUGAGGACACUAAUAAUUACAAUAUUGGUCCUAGAAAACAAGAGAGAAUACCGGAUAGUCAACCAUAUAAUCACCCAGCUAGAGGUCCUACUCAUGGACCAAUAGUUGGACAUAUAGGUCCACAAGGACCAUUAAUUGGACGCACAGAAUCAGCUCCAGUUUUAAAUGACCGUAAAGAUGGCGCACCCAUUCACCAACGUAGUCACUCUGACGAUGCACAACCUUCAUCUUCAUAUUACCCUGCGUAUCCUGCAAACCCAUCCAAUCAUGUCAAUCGACCAUCAUCACGUCCUAAAUCUCAGUAUGAUAUACCUGCAAAUAUACCGCCAAAACCAUAUGGGGUCAACAGGGGCCCUGAUAUUAUACAAUUUAGACAUCAAAGUCGACAGCCAGCUCCCCAGCCCCCAAGUCCAGGCCGACCAACGUCUAUGAUAGAAUUACCGCGCCAGUCUUCCAGUCUUUCUAACACAGUAGUACCUUUACUUUCUACACUAAAAUCAGAAUACUAUGAAGAUUAUCGACGCAACGGUAGACCUGUUCAAAGAACCGAAACGGUAGAUGAACUCAAAAAUGCUUUUGAAUUGGUUGAGAGAUCAUGUCCUGGUAUUGUUGACGAAUUUUUAACGAGUGUUGUAAGUCGUUUAGCCUCAGUAUCACAGGGAGGAGUUGAUGUUAGACGAGCUGUAGAUAAGAUUAAAAGGCCUUCCUAGCAGUUGUAGUUGCCUAGGUUACACCAGUUAGCAUUACCAAUACGGUUACAUACAUGAUGGUCCAUAGACUGAUUCUACUGUGAUAAACAAACAUUUUAUAGAAAGUGCUAACAUUACUUGACAUGGCAAGAAGUGAUGGUGCUCUCCUUCAUUACAUCGUCAAUCCUUGUACAACAUCAUUAUAAAUGGGUCAAAAUGUAUAUCUGACAGAAAGAAAGCUUAAACCACUGCAUUAUUGUACAGGAAUUUCUUAUUGUUGGAGCCUAUCAACAUUUUGUAAACCUUUAUUAUUUAAGUAAAAAUGUUUGUAUUCAAAAGAUUUGAAUACAGGCAGCUACAAAACUAAUUGUUCUUUGAUAUCACAUGAAUGCAGGUUAUAUAGGAUCAAUGACUUCUAGUGCAGAAGAAAACACAGUGUGUUGAAUUUUUAUGUAGAACUCAUUUACUAUUCAAAGCAUUAAUGUUCGUUAAUCAAAUUUGAAAAAAAUGGAUCCUAUUUCUAAUUAGAAACAUUUCAUUGUUCUGAUGAAUAUAUUAUAUUGACUUAAAAAUGGUAUAAUCAUUUUGGUCAACACUAGGAUUAAUUAUAAACAUAUAUAUUCUAAUUAAACUGUGUUGCCAUGGAAAUGGAACAUUUAUAUACAGAUAAUGAGGAAAGAUUUGUUCCUGUGAUCCUCUGUAGACUGUCUUUUAUAUAGAUAAGAAUCAUUUCUAAAAACAAAAUCAGGAAGUUACUGUUUUCCUCCCAGUUUUAGCCAAUUAUUAAUUUGUACUAAUUUUGAUCAUUUUUGAGAACAUUGGAAGGAUAACAGUGCCAACUUAGUUGUAUAAUUUCAUGUUACUUUAUUUAUCUUUGUUAAUGUAUUAUUAUAUAUAUUAUGUUAAAUGGCUAUAAUUGACCAAUAUUUGAUAGUGACCCAAUUGAUUAAUCUGUAUAUGUAUUUAUUUAACAAAUUUAGACAUAAUUGUGCAAUUCUAUAUAUAGACUUGAGCAACUAUUCUGUAAUAUCACUUUUAAACAUUAUAUAAUGAUGAACAACAAAUUAUUUCCCUUCUUUCUUGUUUGAAAGUUUGUUUGUUAGUGUAUGUUUUCAAUGUGUUAUAAUUUGAAUAUGUCAGUGAUGAAAGAAUGUAUUAGACAGAAUGGGUGUAGUUUGUUAUGGUAAAGUUUAUUUUCUUAUGUGAAAAUGGCAUGGCAUACCAAGGCCAUGCUCAAAAUACUUUUACUUGCAGUAACUUGAAUGGCUGAUAAAAAUGUCUGCUCAUUUCCUGCUUGUUAUUUUUUUUAAACUAAGGAUGAAAUUUAAUUUGAAGUUCCCUUUCAUAAAAAAAGAUCUAAUGUGGUCAACUUAUUGAAGUAGCUUGAAUUUUAAGUUGUAGCAUUUACUAGUUUAUUUUCAGAACUGUCGUUUAAUUUUAAUUUCAACAUAGAAUGCUUACAAACUCAUUGAAUUAAAUUUAUUCUUGUGUAAUUUAGAUCAGCAAUCUUACCAAAAUUGUUAGAUCUUUUGGGUAUCCAAUGAUAGUUUAGACAAAAUUAGACGAAGUAACAUGUUAAAUAUGGGUGAUAAUUAUAACAAAGGGUGUUUAUGACCUUUUAAAACUUUGUUUUUCUUGUUAAUUAUAGGACAUGUAAUAGAAUAUAGUUCUAGUAUAAUUUUAUUUUAUCUAUUUUCUAAACUUUGAAGAUAUAUUAUACCUGUAUUUAUGUAGUUCUUGUAAGUAGUAUAUCAUAAAUCAAACAACCAAAAUGAUAUAUGCAUUUUAAAAUCAGUUAAUAUUAAACCUGUCAUAUUCUCUUUGAUGUUAGACUAGAAAUGCUUAAACUUUAAGUUAGCUCAACAAAGCUUCAUAUUUUGACUGAAAAUAGUAAAUACAAAGGGGCCAAAAGUUAAUGAGUUUCAUCAAUGAUUGACAAUCAGAAUUGUUCAGGAUAAAGUGUACAUAUAUACAUUUUGUAAUUUAUAACAAACUAUGUACAUUUUCAUUAAGAUUGAGAUCUAAUUUCUUAUGUUUUUUUUUGCGUAUGAAAUGUCUGUUUCUUUGGAUGCUGAAAAUGUUAACAUUAAACCAAUAUUGAUACCAGAUAGGUUACAUCUGAUUGUAUUUCUGAAAGAUAAAAUUAGGUUAAUACAUUCAUCAUUUGAUUUAUUGUUUUUAUGGGAAAAUAUUUAUUACUGAAACUUUAAUAUGUUUAUAUUUGAAAGAAAAUCUGAGGGACAACAAUCAAUUUGAUAUGGCUUUGAAAAAGCAAUGUUAUUUUCCGUGUCCGAGAGAGCUGCAAUUUCCGUUUUCAAAUAAAUAGAACAAUGAUCAGUGACAACGUAUUGUUUUUGAAAAUAAUAAAACAAUGGUAGCUGACAACAAAGUUUUAUUUUGAGAUAAUUUUUGCUACCAUGAUUUUGAUACAUCACCAAGCUUUACAGGAAUACUAUACUUAGUUAAUUUUAACGACUGAAUGCCAUGCUCACAUAACUCUUCUGGUAUACAGUUAUUUUCACACAUUAGAAUGACUUGUGUUUUUUAAAAAUCAUAAAGCAAUUUCAUUGAUAAAUUUCUUUUUCUAUUUAGCUGCAUUCAAAUUUCUAAAAUGUAUAACUAUUUUUGUUCUAUCUUCAAGCAAAUGUCAGUCUAUUUGUAUGUGCCAUCCAGUGAGAUCUUAAUUUAAUAGUGAUUCAAUAUGGUUACAAUAAUUUAAUCUCUCAUUUUUUGUAGAUCAUCUCUUUGUAAGAAAUUUUUUUCAAGAGUAGUUGGCAUUGGAAGCCUGGUGAAUAAAUCCUCCAUAAAAAAAAGCUCUAUUUUGAGGAGACAUCAACAUAUUCCAUAUAUUAAAUGCUAAGGGCUGUCCCAAAAUUAAACACAUUGGGACAUGGAAGGCUCUUUUUUAAGACCUGACCACCCAUAAAAUAAAAAUUCUGAGGAAAAUUCAACCACCAAUAUUUAUUUAAUUUGAGUGCCUGUCAUACCCCCACCCAAAAAUUUUGAAACAGCCCUUAGACAGACCACUAUACCAAUUCUGUGAAAUCCACAACAUUUGUGAAGAGAGGAUGAUGUAUUUAUUUGCAUCCAUUAUAUAUGUAUGGUUAUGUUUGUAUAUUAACAAAUUUAUUUGUAAAUAUUUGCUUAUAAUGUAUAUUAUAUACAUAUAUAUAUAUAUCAUAUCAUUCCAAAGGACUUCUCAGAUGUAUUACUGAAUAAAUACAUUUUAACUUUU